UGCAGGGGAGAGGACGUUGCCUUGUAGCCUCCAGGUGGCGCUCUUCACUCAGGUGGGCCCACCGGCUGUUUUUCACAAAUGCUGGCCAACUGGUCAAGCGUUCUAGCCAUCAGCCCGUUUUCCAGAUGACAACGAAGGCUGAGAGAGAGGACGGCUCUUGCAUGGGAGCCACGGCCAAACUCGGGAAUUAGGUUUCCCUUCUGGCCCAUCCCUUGUAUCUCCGCCGAGGGGGAGGGUUCGAGACACCCGGAGAGCUUCCCAGAAGGGACGGGCCGUGAGUUCUUGCUGGGCAGGGAUAGGAUUAGGCCAGAUUGCUAGAGGGACUGCCCGAGGAAAGAGGACAUUUACCUCAUGAAGUACACUAACAGGGUCCCUGGAAACAGGGUGGCUGCUUCUCGCCUCUGGUGAUGCCCUGAACUGCGCGCGCAUCUCUGGAGACCAGCCUCAACGGCGGCCGCCCUGAGACACCGUGACUGGCCGGGUGAAAGGCACUCCCCCCGCGGUCGCCUCUGAUGUGCGCGGCCUUGUCCCGCACCUGUCCUGGCGGGCUGAUUAUUAACCAGGACUUCCUGCUCGCUGGCGUCAGGGGGCGGGCCCUGAGCGGGCUGCGGCGAAGCAGGGGUUAAGGGGAGGGGGCGGCCCCAAGAGCCCAGCCCCCACCCCAGCGGCCUCCCCCGCCACCCUGAGGUGGAGAUUUCGGGAGGAGGGGGAAAGCCGGGCGCAAAGGCCAGCGGAUGGACAGAGAGGUGGGGGAUACCGGCGUGUUCGGCCACCACACAGCCUUGUCACACGGCUGUGAGACCCUAGGUUGCCCCAGGUCUCAGGAGCCCAGAUGUUAUAUCGCCUACAUUUGGAAGACCUUAAAACGUCCUGACCCAUCUUGGUUAUCCUGGUGUCCCACCACACACCUUGCAGACCCCCAGGUUCCAACUUCCAAAUAUUAGGGACCCUGGGGCUUGGUCCUCCACAUCUGGAGGACCCUCAGUUCUUGCACUGAGGGGUCCCCUCCCCUCCCCCAGCCACCAGGUCUCAGGUGUUCUGUCACCCCUGGCACUGCCAGCCUGGGCUCUGGGCAGGGCUGGGAAAAACCACCCCUGAUUAAAUACACCAGGCGAUAAGCUGGGAGCAAGGGAGACGCUGGAUGGAGCUCCAUGCCUGGGCACCCCCCGGGGCAAUCUCUCGUGGCCUCCCCUGACCCGGCUCUGCAGACCCAAGUACUGGGUAGUUCCCCCUCCCCCAUCCUCAGAGCUAGAGGCCUCCAGACACCAGGGCGCUGUGCCCCAGUGGGGACUAAAGAGCAGUGGAGGACACCUGGUCCUUUAAGAACAGCUGGUGGGUGGGUGGGGGGCAGGGGAGUCACCCCCAGCCUGGCCGGUGUGUAUUCUAGAUAGAGACUGGGUUAACUAUUAACAGAGCAGGCGGCCUGAACUGUGUGGGUGUGGGGGGGCCGGAUCAGCCCCUCUUCAUCUUGUGCCAGGGUGGGGCCAGAGUGGAGGGGUUCAGGAUUGAUUUGGGGGAUCAGUGGGUAGGUGAAGAGGCUUCAAGAGAGACAGAGACACAGAGAGACCCAGGCAAAGUUGGAGACAACAGAGGUGGGGAGGAGAUGUAAAGACCAGCUCACUGAGAGACAGAAGACAGAGCCCCAGAGAGAGAAAAGAAGCUCAGAGAGGAGGGAGAUGAGAUAGAAACAAAGAGAGAGACAGACAUUCAGAAAAGAGAAUUCAAGAAAUAUCCAGAUGGGUUAGGAGACGCUGAGAUACACUGAGGAAAUGCCAACAGCAGAGGCAGAGGGAGAGAGAAGAGAGACUGAGAUUCAGAGAGAGGAUAAUAAAGAGGAGAGAGGGAGGGAGGAAAUCAGGAAAAGGUACAGGUUUGCACUAGAGAGUUAAGACAUCUUCAAACUCAAAAGUUCUAUGAGACAGGAGAACAGAGCUCUGUGAAGAAGGGCAGGGCUGAGUCUGUCUUAGUCAGUGGGUCCCCAUGAUAAGACCUGGCUCACUCCUUACCCUCCAGGUCUCAGCUUAGCUGACACCUCCUCCGGGGAGCCCUCCUUGACCUUCAGUCUGUGUGAGGAGCCAUUUCUGGGCUCCCACUCCCCUAUCCCAGCCCUGAGCAUUCUAAAUCAUUAUUGUCUGGGGACUGGACUGUGAGCCCCAUAAGGGCAGGGCCAGGGCUGUCUCAGUCUCCCCUGUGUCCCCGGCAUUGCCCCUCACACUGGCAGGUUUAAAGGAUGGAUAAAUUAAUGGACUCCUUUCCUUCAACAAAUGUUUAUUCAGCACCCACUGUGUGACAAACCCUGCCGUAGGUGCUAUGGAUACAGCAGGGAACAGAAUGCAGCCCCUGUUCUCAUGGAGCUGACAUUCAGGUGGGAGAUACCAUAAAGUGUGACAGCCAUGGCGGUAAAUCCUAAGAAAAAAUAAACCAGGGAAAGGAGACAGAGAAUGAUGGAGAUGGGUAUUUUGAAGAGGGAGGUGGGGGAAUUCCCUGGAUGUCCAGUGGUUAGGGCUCUGUGCUCGCACUGCCAAGGGGGAGGGUUCGAUCCCUGGUUGGGGAACUAAGAUCUCAUAAGCCACAAGGUGCGGCCAAAAAAAAAAGAAAAAAAGGAGGUAAAACGGAGAUGAAACUAAAAACUAAAGGAGGUGAGGGAAGGAGCCAGGGGCAAUCUAGGGGGAUAGCACAUGCAAAGGCCCUGAGGUGGGAGAUUGCUUGGUUCAUUCCAGGAGCAAGCUGACCAGUGCAGCUAUGGCAAGAGGGAGAGUCAUAAGAUUGAGGUCAGAGGGAUAGUAGGAGAGCGUUGGGGGCCCUGUGGGCCAUGGUAAGGAUUUUGGAUUUAGUUUUAAUGGGAACGAGUAGAGGGUUUCAAGCACUGUGAAGAGGGAUGAAGAAAACAAGACAGAAAAAGCAAGGAAUCAGAUGGGAUGGACAGCAUCCCUUUCACCUCUGUAUCCAGGGCGCAACAGAGGGCCUCGUAUAGAUGCCCAAUGACAGUGUGUGCACAAGUGGGUAAGACUGAAAUUGACAGAGAAAGGGUCAGAAUGACAUUAGAUGAAUGGACAGAUCCAAGGAGAAGCCAGGUAAGGACCCAGGGACGCCCAGGGACAGCAGACACAGACAGACAGACAGCAGCCCAGCUGAGAAGUCCCAUUCCUUCCAGGGCCCUCCCCACCCGGAAACCUUCCCUGGAGCUGGAAAAAAUUCCCCAGGCCCCCCUGCCCGCCUUGCCCCAUGGCGUGCCCACUCACACCUCAGGCAGAGGAAGCUGGCAGGCCCCACAGGAACCUUUCUGUGUGGGGGGAGUGGAGGCGGGCGGGCGGCAGGGACGAAGGGAGAGGAGUGGCGGGCAGCUGGGCAGCGGGCAGCGGCUACACAAAGGCCCCAGUGUCUGCCCCUCCUGCCCCCGGGUACAGAUAUAAAUAAUAUGAACAUAUACCUUUAUAUAUAUAUAUAUACACCAGUGGGCUGAGGCGGGAGGCUGGGGGCCACACACUUCCCUAAGGACCCCGCCAUGGCUCCUGUGGGGGCUGGGGGCUCAGAGACCCACAGAGAUGGUGGCCAAGACCGAGAGGCUUGAGCUGAGACGGACACAGGGACAGAAGGGCGAGAGAGAAACUUACAAAGUGCAAGAGAGAAACAGAAAGAGACUGGCAGAUUGCGACCCUGUGUGAGAAACCAAGUGGCAGAGAGGGACGACCGGCUCAAAUGGGGACAGAUCAGGAAAGUAGAGAAAUCAAACUUCACUGAGAAAAGACAUAAAAAGUCAGAGGUAGAGGGACAGUGACAGAAUGAAGGCACGGGUCAUCCCCGAGAAAGGCAGAGCCACAGAGAAACCCAGGUGAGAGAAAGUAGGGACAGAAAGAAACAGGCCAGCAGACAUCCAGAGAGGGACAGAGAGAGAGAGAGAGAGAGAGAGAAGCCAGCAGGCAGGUAGGCAGGGCCAAGGCUGGGUGCCUGGGAAGGCUGCUGACCGUGGGUGGGGGAGGGUCAGGGCACAUCUCCAGUUUAGGGGCACCGCCUGUGGGGCUCUGGUCCAGCCCAGUCCAGGGCAGGCUAAGGGGCAGGGAGCGGAGGUGAGGGAGGUGGCCCUUGGGUUCCGGAUCUUGGUGUUUACCUGGGGCAGGCAUUGCAAACAGGCGCCCAGCCUGGCCCGCGGCAGGGCGAGGGUGGGAUGGGCUGGGCCCCAGCUCUGGGCACCAGUGGGCCUGACACGCCCACCUGUGGCCUGGGUGGUGAGUAACACACACGGUGACACCUGGGUAGAUGGUGACACAUAGGAGGACAGACACGGUGACACACAGGGACAGAUAUAGGCAGACCCAGAGUGUCCGAGACAUAAACAGACCCACAGAAGCCAGUGACGGAGACACACUGUAACAGACACAGUGACAGAGACCAGGACACAGUGAUGGACAAAUAUAGUGUGAGGCUUAGAGACGCAGCCACGAAACAGUGACAGAGGACACAGUGACGGACACACAGAAGACAAGGAUAGAACAGUGACAUACCGGCACACACAGUGACACAAGCACCGCUACACCUACAGAAACCCAGUGAGAAGAUACACAGAGACAUACGGGCACACACAACGCUCACACACUGACCGGACAAAUCAUGAAGUGACACAGGAGGCUUGACAUUGACACAGACUCAUAAACCUCCCCGGCUGCUGGCUUCUGGGGUGCCCCCUCAGCUUCCAGGAGCAGCGUGUAAGUGGGGGUAACCAGGAGGGAGGGCUUGGGACCCCAGGGCCCUGGGGUGCUGCUGUUGCCCUCCUGUGCUCUAGAACAGCGUCCUGGUUCAGGGCACUGGCUCUGGGCCUGGGUUCAAGUCCUAGCUCCCCACUCACCACCUGUGUGACCUUGGGCAAGUCACUUCACUUCUUCAUGCCUCGGUUUCCCCAAUAAGAAAAUGGGUGGUGGGAAGGAUUGGGUCUAUCGAUUCUGUAAGGUGCUUACAUAAUGUCAGACACAUGGUAAGCCCUAGCAGCCGUUGUUGUUGUUAUUAUUAUUAUUAAUUAUUCUUCUCAUCGUCAUCUCACGCCUUCUGCCCACAGCCGGGACCCUGCCUGGGCCUCUGUUUCCCCACCCACGGGCCCCUCCCUCGGACUUUGUCACCUAAAGCCCACGAGCCAUGCCCAGGUCCAUCCGUCCCGGGCUUGUGUCUCCACGGCUAUCCCUCCCUCCCUGAGCCCUAGUGUCCUCAUGUCUGUCCAUGCGUCCCAUGUCUGACUGUGGUACUUUUCCAUUGCUGGCCACCAGCCGGCUGUCCCUGGGGUGGGGGUCACACCUGCCCACGCCAGCCGAGCCAGCAGCCACUAGACACCCUGACGAAUGGCCCCACCCUCCCCCCAGGACCCUACAACAACACCCGCCCCUCCGGCCACCUGAGGUCCCCACUGGGGCGGCCUGAGGCCUGAGCCUGGGGACAGGAAGCCCCAGGCCUGGCCGCCCUGAAAGCCUCUUUCAGCCUGGGCCUCCUCCCGCCGCCACCGACUCCUCCUGCGGAAUAAUAUUUGGGCUGUUGGCCGGGGGGCGGGGGCCAGAUCCGGAGGCCGCCUGGGAGAAGCCAGAAACCGCAGGGCUUCCUGCCUCGGGCCGGCCGACUCCGGGAGAGACCCCCAGGCCCGAGGGAGGGGGGCGGGCACCCGGGGAGACUGAGGGCCUUUCUCUCGGCACCAGUUGUUUUUUCCAGGAACCAGGAGGAAUUCCCCAGCCUGCCCAGGACAGCGAGGCUGGUGGGACGGCUGACGGGGAGCCAGCACGGCAGGAGGCGGGGGUGACACGCAGCCGGCAGGGCAGGCAUGGUGACAGAAAUAGAGGGCCUGGCCUGCGAGGUGGCAGGUAGAGGCGGAAACUCAGGGAGCCGGGAGAGAGAGGCCGGAGCAGGAGGGAGGCCAGAGGGCCGAAGGAGUGGGGGGAGGUGGACCCCAAGAGAGGAAGACUGGGAGCCCCCAAGGGAAGGAGGGAGCGAUCCAGAGGCCUGGAGAGAGGGAGGGAAGGAGUGGAAGCAGCGGAGAGAAUGAGAAAGCAAGGCACAGCACAUGAGAGCCGGACGCACGGGGGAUGAGCGAGCAUUUUCCCACAGACCAAGGGACAGAGAUAAAGGCACAGAGAGAGAGAGGUAGGGACACAGGUGACAGUAAGAGACAGAGAAAGAUGGACACACAGGAAUUGGGAGAAACAUCUCUCUCUCCUGCCCUCCCUCUGUCUGUCUGUCUCUCUCUCUCUCUCUCUCUCUCACACACGUGCAUAAAGAAACAGCCUUUGGUCUUUGAAGGACUGACUGACUGAAUGAGUGGCUAGAGAGCCAACGACCAAGUGACACAAAUGCAAACUAAGGAAAAGACACCCUCUCCAAGCCCGGCGGAAUGACCUUGGCCCAGUCCCUUCCCACUCUGGGUCUCGGUUUCCACUCUGUGAAAUGAGGGGCAUGAAGAACACAACUGUAUUUCCUGGAGAGCCACGCCCUCGGAGCAUCUCAGCCACAGAUACGGGACUCAGAGCCCAGGCAGAGACCUGGAGGAAGAGAAACACCCAGACCCCAAACUCAGAGGCCCCCCAGCUCCCGAAGGAGGACCCAGCUCCUUUCCCACACCCCUGCACACGAAAGAGACAAGCACACCAGGGCCAGUCAACACACACUCACACACAGCCACAGCAGUGACAGGCACACAGCAAAGACAGGCACAAUAUAUAAACACAGACAUAAUUUCUUUUUAAAAGAAAUGCUGACAUGCUGACUCCCAGAGAUACACAUGAAACACACAAUGAUCCACUGAUGUAGUCACACGUAGACUCUUUGAGACAGCAGAUAUGUAGACAAAUGGACAUUAGACACACAUCCAGUGGUGUGAGACCCAGAGGGGCCCAGGGAGAGGUGUAUAAGAGAACCACACACAAAAAACAAUAAGGGCACACGCCCACGAGUCUGCUAUCCCAAGACACCCACAGUAAGCACACGCCCAGAGGAUGAACAGACAUAGAAGCUCACACAAUUGAAGGAUACAAACAAUAGAUAACACCCUGCAGCAGACCACAGGGACCUCCGUGGCCGUAGUGACAUCCUAGGACCCACAGAGGCACAGGCGCACACAUGCUCACACACGUGCACAGAUACACUAACACACACCCUGUUCUCCUUCAAUCAGCACCUUGUUUGUUGCUUCUCCUCCUCCCCAGCUUAACCAAAAAACGAGCGGCCCCUCGACUCCCUGAACCUCGGGGCCAGAGGCAUGUGUCUGGAGAGUGGGGGUGGGGAGAUGGCCUUGGUGACAGCAGAGUCACCUCCCCCUGCUGCCCUGGCCCCACGGCUGCGGGGGCUGCUAUCUGUGAGCAAACUGCCCUUGGGGUCAGGGACAGCAAAGAGCCAAAGGUCAGGUCGAUGCCUCCCCCAGCCCUUCCCCCAGAGGCAGCCGGCUCUUGGGGGCAGGAAGGAGAGGGGACAGGGAACAGCAGUUCAGGUGUCCAAGCCUCACAGGGCCCACUCGCCAAGGAAAAGAGACAUUCAAUAAGAGGCAGAAAUGGUGCCUUUAAUGGUCACACACAGCCAGUAUCCCGCUUCCCAGGCAAGAACCAGACUUCAGUAGAAAUUCCCCACACCCUAACCUCCCUGGUUUCUCCUGAACCAGAGGGGGGAUGGGCUCCAGAAAAAAACCAAGGAGGAUCCUCAUCUCCAUCCCUCACGCAACUCACACCAGAGACAGUGAGGAUGUGGCCAACGCAGGGGCUGCUGGUGGCCAUCAUGACGCACAGUGGUACACUGGUGAUGCCAGCCAGUCACGAUGGCGGCCAUCAUAGCACCCCGUGGGCCAAAGAAGAUGUUAUGCAGGAUGGUGGCCAACUUGGCACGUACCAUGCCAAGAAGCCCACCCACAAAGACGUGAUCGUGGCACCCGACGGGCCAAAGAUAGAAUUGAAAUGGUGUCACCGUCACAUCCAAAGGAUCAGCCAAGAGGAUGCGCAUCACAGUGCCCAAAGGGCCAACCAAGAUGCCAUCCCAGAUGGUGGCCAUCAGAAGACCCAACAGAUCAACCAAUAACAUCAAUCAACAUGGCAGUCUUCGCAGGACUCAACGGGCCCGCCACGAUGUCAGUGGCAGUUAUCACAGGACCCAGUGGAUCCACAGAGAUGGCAGUCACCACGGGAAUACGGGGUGGCAGCCAUGGCAGGCAGCAGCGGGGACAGUGUCACUCGCCGGAGCGUGGCAUCGCAGUUUUUCACACAAGAGGAGGGGCCGGGCAUCGAUGGCAUGACCACAUCAGAGAGAGUGGUGGAUCUCCUGAACCAGGCAGCACUGAUCACCAAUGAUUCCAAGAUCACAGUGCUCAAACAGGUCCAGGAACUGAUCAUCAACAAAGAUCCCACACUACUGGACAACUUCCUGGAUGAGAUCAUCGCUUUCCAAGCAGACAAGUCCAUCGAAGUGCGCAAAUUUGUCAUCGGCUUCAUUGAGGAGGCAUGCAAGAGAGACAUUGAGUUACUGCUGAAACUGAUCGCGAACCUCAACAUGCUCUUGAGAGAUGAGAAUGUGAAUGUGGUGAAGAAGGCCAUCCUCACCAUGACCCAGCUCUACAAGGUGGCCCUGCAGUGGAUGGUGAAGUCACGGGUGAUCAGCGAGCUCCAGGAGGCCUGCUGGGAUAUGGUGUCUGCCAUGGCUGGGGACAUCAUCUUGCUGUUGGACUCUGACAAUGACGGCAUCCGUACCCAUGCCAUCAAGUUUGUGGAGGGCCUCAUUGUCACCCUGUCGCCCCGCAUGGCUGACUCGGAGGUGCCCCGACGCCAGGAGCAUGACAUUAGCCUGGACCGCAUCCCUCGUGACCAUCCCUAUAUCCAGCACAGUGUGCUGUGGGAAGAAGGCAAGGCAGCCUUGGAGCAGCUGCUCAAGUUCAUGGUGCACCCCGCUAUCUCCUCCAUCAACCUGACCACAGCCCUGGGCUCCCUCGCCAAUAUUGCCCGCCAGAGGCCCAUGUUCAUGUCUGAGGUGAUUCAGGCCUAUGAGACCCUGCAUGCCAACCUGCCCCCAACGCUGGCCAAAUCUCAGGUGAGCAGCGUGCGUAAGAACCUCAAGUUGCACCUGUUGAGUGUGCUGAAGCAUCCAGCUUCCUUGGAGUUCCAGGCUCAGAUCACCACCCUGCUGGUAGACCUGGGCACGCCACAGGCUGAGAUCGCCCGCAACAUGCCCAGCGGCAAGGAUGCCCGCAAGCGGCCCCGAGACGACUCAGAUUCCACGCUCAAGAAGAUGAAGCUGGAGCCCAACCUGGGGGAAGACGAUGAAGACAAGGACUUGGAGCCAGGCCCCUCAGGGACCUCAAAGGCCUCAGCCCAGAUCUCGGGCCAGUCAGACACAGACAUCACGGCCGAGUUCCUACAGCCUCUGCUGACGCCCGACAACGUGGCCAAUCUGGUCCUCAUCAGCAUGGUGUACCUGCCUGAGGCCAUGCCCGCCUCCUUCCAAGCCAUCUACACCCCAGUGGAGUCAGCCGGCACUGAAGCCCAGAUCAAGCACCUGGCUCGGCUUAUGGCCACACAGAUGACGGCUGCAGGACUGGGGCCAGGCGUGGAGCAGACCAAACAGUGCAAGGAGGAGCCCAAGGAGGAGAAGGUGGUGAAGCCGGAGAGUGUCCUGAUCAAGCGGCGCCUGUCAGCCCAGGGCCAGGCCAUCUCGGUAGUGGGCUCCCUGAGCUCCAUGUCCCCACUGGAGGAGGAGGCUCCCCAGGCCAAGAGGAGACCAGAGCCCAUCAUCCCGGUCACACAGCCACGGCUGGCAGGUGCCGGCGGGCGCAAGAAAAUCUUCCGUCUGAGCGAUGUGCUGAAGCCCCUGACCGACGCCCAGGUUGAGGCUAUGAAGCUGGGCGCUGUGAAGCGGAUCCUGCGGGCUGAGAAGGCCGUGGCCUGCAGCGGCGCAGCCCAGGUGCGCAUAAAGAUCCUGGCCAGCCUGGUGACUCAGUUCGACUCGGGCCUGAAGGCCGAGGUCCUGUCCUUCAUUCUGGAGGACGUGCGGGCCCGCCUGGACCUGGCCUUCGCCUGGCUCUACCAGGAAUACAACGCCUACCUAGCAGCUGGUGUCACGGGCACCCUGGACAAGUAUGAGGACUGCCUCAUUCGCCUGCUCUCCGGCCUGCAGGAGAAGCCAGACCAGAAGGAUGGGAUCUUCACCAAAGUUGUACUGGAGGCGCCGCUGAUCACCGAGAGUGCCCUGGAGGUGAUCCGCAAGUACUGCGAGGACGAGAGUCGCACGUACCUGGGCAUGUCCACUCUUCGAGACCUGAUCUUCAAGCGCCCGUCCCGCCAGUUCCAGUACCUGCAUGUCCUGCUAGACCUCAGCUCCCAUGAGAAGGACAAGGUGCGUUCCCAGGCCUUGCUAUUCAUCAAGCGCAUGUACGAGAAGGAACAGCUGCGAGAGUAUGUGGAGAAGUUUGCCCUCAACUACCUGCAGCUCUUGGUCCACCCCAACCCACCAUCUGUGCUCUUUGGAGCCGACAAGGACACAGAGGUGGCAGCACCCUGGACCGAGGAGACAGUAAAGCAGUGUUUGUACCUCUACCUGGCCCUCCUGCCUCAGAACCACAAGCUGAUCCACGAGCUGGCAGCCGUGUACACGGAGGCCAUUGCUGACAUCAAGAGGACGGUGCUGAGGGUCAUCGAACAGCCGAUCCGAGGAAUGGGCAUGAACUCGCCAGAGCUGCUCCUGCUGGUGGAAAACUGUCCCAAAGGGGCAGAGACACUGGUCACACGUUGUCUGCACAGCCUCACGGACAAAGUCCCACCCUCCCCAGAGCUGGUGAAGCGGGUCCGGGAUCUCUACCACAAGCGACUGCCAGACGUCCGCUUCCUCAUCCCUGUGCUCAACGGGCUGGAAAAGAAGGAAGUGAUCCAGGCCCUGCCAAAGCUCAUCAAACUCAACCCCAUAGUGGUGAAAGAGGUCUUCAACCGCCUGCUGGGCACCCAGCACGGUGAAGGGAACUCAGCCUUGUCCCCCCUGAACCCGGGAGAGCUUCUCAUCGCAUUACACAACAUUGACUCAGCGAAGUGUGACAUGAAAUCCAUCAUCAAAGCCACCAACCUGUGCUUUGCGGAGCGGAACGUGUACACGUCGGAGGUGCUGGCCGUGGUGAUGCAGCAGCUGAUGGAGCAGAGCCCCCUGCCCAUGCUGCUCAUGAGGACCGUCAUCCAGUCCCUGACCAUGUACCCCCGCCUGGGGGGCUUCGUCAUGAACAUCCUGUCCCGCCUCAUCAUGAAGCAGGUGUGGAAGUAUCCCAAGGUGUGGGAGGGCUUCAUCAAGUGUUGUCAACGCACCAAGCCCCAGAGCUUCCAGGUCAUCCUGCAGCUCCCGCCCCAGCAGCUGGGUGCCGUCUUUGACAAGUGCCCGGAGCUCCGGGAGCCCCUGCUGGCCCACGUCCGCUCCUUCACUCCCCACCAGCAAGCACACAUCCCCAACUCCAUCAUGACCAUCCUGGAGGCCAGCGGCAAGCAGGAGCCAGAGAAUAAGGAAGCACCUGCUGGGCCCCUGGAAGAGGAUGACUUAGAGCCCAUGGCCCUGGCACCGCCCCCGGCCCCCCGCCCCCCUCAAGACCUCAUCGGCCUGCGGCUGGCCCAGGAGAAGGCCUUAAAGCGGCAGCUGGAGGAGGAACAGAAGCUGAAGCCUGGAGGAGUUGGAGCCCCCUCCUCGUCCUCCUCGUUGUCCUCCUCCUUGGCCCGGCCAGGCCCUCCCCAGCCAGAGGAAGCCAUUGAUUUCCGGGAGGAGGGGCCUGAGUGUGAGACCCCUGCCAUCUUCAUCAGCAUGGAUGAUGACUCGGGGCUGACUGAGGCUGCACUGCUGGACUCUAGUCUUGAGGGACCCCUACCUAAGGAAGCUGCAGCGGGCGGAUUGAUUUCAAAGGAGGAGCGGAGCCCCCAGACCCUUGCCCCUUCCGGAGAAGACACGGUGAAGACCCCCAGCCCCGCCGCUGAGGAAGCCGGGGAACCCGAGGCCAAGGGGAACAGCUGACGGGGCUUGGUGGGGAAGGAGAGUGGGACUGGGAGCUCAGGGAGGCCGGGGAGGGGCUUGGCCGGCGGUGCUUUGCCUUUAAAAAUAAAAAAAAAAAAAGA